UAAUACCACAACAUAUUAAAGAUUUAUAUGCCAAAAUUUAUGAUCAUUUACCACGUUUAUCUAUUCAAGUUCAACGUCUGAAAGAUUGUAUCAAGUUCACAAUUGAUCCGUUACCACCAGUAAUAGCAAAAAUCGCAUGUUCAACAAAAUUUUACCUCAAAGAAGAAAAAAAAAUUGGGUCAAAACAAAUUUUAAUGAUGCCAUUGAAUAUAUUUCAUACAUCUGCUUUGACUGUAAUCGAUCCAACAAAUGGAAAAACGUAA